GCUUUAUUGUGAGCUUGACUUCCUCUCUCUCUCUCUCUGUAGCAGAGCCACAUUGCCAUUCCUCCUUCUGUGGAUACAAGGGGCACACUCCGGAGGUACCAGCUGAUGCUGCUGCUUGGGACUUCUCAUCCAGAUGUGAAGGUUCAGCAAUGGAUUUUACUGGCUGGGAAAUAAUUCCGAAUCACUGGGCUGGACUCGCAGGACAUCAAGUGGAGUCUGUCUCUUUCUUAAAGGAUUUUCUUUUUGGUCUGUAGAUUGAGUCUUCUUGUUGCUCUUUGUUCCGUGUGAUUAUCUCCGUCUCUAUUCUUUUUAAUACGGACUGUCACCCGCUGGUCAAUCCUGGAUAGUGUGAAGUUCAACGUGUUGAAACACUUUGCCGGCUCCAGGAUGGGGAAUGCAGCCGGGGGGAUGGAAGUGUCCCCAGGGAAGGAGAUAAGGAGCCAGCAAGCGUCUGUCCCCAAACAGCCCAUGCCGGUUAACGAUGGGGAGCUGGAGGAGAGAUUUUCACAUGUUCUGAACUGUAUGAACCUGCCUCCUGACAAGGUGAAGUUGCUGAGCCAGUACGACAACGAGAAGAAAUGGGAACUUAUCUGCGAUCAGGAACGAUUCCAAGUGAAGAAUCCUCCAUUUGCUUACAUCCAGAAACUAAGGGGAUUCCUGGAUCAGGGUGGAGUCAGGAAGUUCAAGAGACGAGUCCAAGAAUCAACUCAGGUCCUGCGAGAACUUGAAAUUUCAUUGCGGACCAAUCACAUUGGUUGGGUGCAGGAGUUUUUGAAUGAGGAGAACAAGGGAUUGGACGUGUUGGUGGAGUACUUGUCCUUUGCACAGUGUGCUGUCACAUCUUUUAAAGAAACUGCAUGGAAUUUUGUGAGGAGUUUGAGUUAUGUUGAAAGACAUGACAUGGAGAGCACAGAUAACGGAGGAAUUGCUACUGAGAAGAGCAAGCCCUUAGACAGAUCUGUGGAGGACCUCAGUAGGGGCAACUCAUCCCCCACCCAUGGAUCUUCCAGAACUGGUGGCCGUCAUCUCACUGUCAGGCACACCAUGCACAGUAGAAAAGCACUGCGGAAUUCACGGAUUGUGAGCCAGAAGGAUGAUGUCCAUGUCUGUAUAAUGUGCCUGCGUGCCAUCAUGAACUAUCAGUCUGGAUUCACCUUGGUGAUGGAACAUGAACAGUGUGUGAACGAGAUCACUCUCAGUCUGAACAAUAAGAGUGCAAGGACCAAGGCACUGGUCCUGGAGCUGUUGGCCGCAGUGUGCCUGGUGCGUGGAGGACAUGACAUCAUCCUUUCAGCAUUUGAGAACUUCAAAGAGGUCUGUGGAGAGAAGGUGCGGUUUGAAAAGCUGAUGGAAUAUUUCCGAAAUGAAGACAGCAGCAUUGACUUCAUGGUUGCCUGCAUGCAGUUUAUUAACAUCGUUGUGCAUUCUGUUGAGGACAUGAACUUCCGGGUCCAUCUGCAGUUUGAGUUCACCAUGCUGGGACUGGAUGAGUAUCUUAAGAAACUAAAGUCAUCAGAAAGUGAGAGGUUGCAGGUGCAGAUCCAGGCCUACCUGGAUAAUGUGUUUGACGUGGGCGCACUGUUGGAGGACGCAGAGACCAAGAAUGCUGUGCUGGAGCAUGUCGAAGAGCUACAGGAACAAGUAACACAGCUGACAGAAAAAUUCCAAGAAGCUGAAAAUGACUCCAUGAUGAAAAUUGCAGAGCUGGAGAAACAGCUGAUCCAGUCCCAUAAAGAGGUGGAAGGCCUCAAGGAGACCUUCAGUGAAUCUGCAUCAAAGCUACAGUCUCUCCAGGCACAGAUCUCAGACAGAGACAGAACGAUCCAACGGCACACAUCACUGGAGCAGAAGCUCUGCCAACUGGAACAGCAGGGGCUGAUUAAAAUCCAGCAUGGGGACAACGGAGAUCUCGACAUACAAAUCAUUCCGGUCAUAGUGAAGCAGGCCGCUGUAACUACAGCACCAGAACCCAGGCCCGAACCCAGCAAAGAUGUUCCUCCAGCACCAACUGUCCCUGCAGGUGGUCCUGAAGUUACCAGCCCAAGUGCCCAUCCCCCUCCACCCUCAUCGGCAGAGAGUGUCAGUGUCCCACCUCCCCCUCCUCCACUUCCCACUGCGGCUGAGACUGGCACUGCCCCACCAGCAGGUAUACCACCGCCCCCACCUCCACCCCCCCCCCCACCCCCACCCACAGGUGCUUGUAUUCCUCCUCCUCCUCCACCACCACCCCCUCCAGGAGCACCCCCACCCCCUCCAGGAGUGCCAACAAUGGACACCACAGCAUCUCUUAAGAUAAAGCAACCAAUCAAAACUAAGUUCCGAAUGCCAAUCUUGAAUUGGGUGGCACUGAAACCCAAUCAAAUAAAUGGAACAGUCUUCACUGAACUGGACGAUGAGAAGCUGUUACAGGAGCUGAACAUGUCUGAGUUUGAGGAGCGAUUUAAAACCAAGGCUCAGGGCUCAUCGGUGAACAUCAACACCUUGAAAAUGAAGGUGACCCAGAAGGCAGCGAGUAAGGUGGCUCUGAUUGAAUCGAACCGAGCAAAGAAUCUGGCUAUCACCCUGAGGAAAGGAGGCCUGAGCUCCGAUGACAUCUGCAAGGCCAUUGACAACUUUGACCUGCAGUUGCUCAAUCUGGAUUUCAUUGAGCUGCUGACCCGUUUUGUGCCAACCGAGUAUGAGCGGAAAGUCCUGCAGCAGUACGAGAAGGACAAGAAACCGUUGGAGGACCUGGGUGAAGAGGAUCGCUUCAUGAUCAAAUUCAGCAAGAUCCCACGUCUGUCGGAGCGGCUGAACAUCAUCAUCUUCAUGGGCAACUUCAAUGACAGCAUUCAGCUGCUGACGCCGCAACUGAAUGCUAUCAUCGCUGCAUCAAUGUCCAUCAAAUCAUCGGCAAAGCUGAAGCGAAUCUUGGAGAUCAUUUUAGCAUUUGGGAACUACAUGAAUAGCAGUAAAAAAGGAGCCGUUUAUGGCUUUCGAUUGCAGAGCCUUGACCUGCUCCUGGAAACCAAAUCAACAGACAGAAAACAGACGCUAAUGAACUACAUUGUGGACAUAAUCCAAGGGCAAUAUCCUGAACUCAGUGCCUUUCACACUGAACUGCUCUUUGUGGAGAAAGCUGCUGCAGUGUCUCUGGAGAAUGUUGUACAGGACGUGCGCUCGUUACAACAGGGGAUGGAACUCAUCCGGAAGGCAUUCAUGGUCGAAGAUACCAGUUUACUCCUGAAAGAAUUCCUCAGCAGCAACAGUGAGAAAGUGGACAACUUGCAGAAGGACAGCAAAACCGCACAGGAAGCUUACCAGUCUGUUGUUGAGUACUUUGGUGAAGAUAUUAAGACAAUGCCUCCAUCCAUGUUCUUCCCAUCCUUUUUGAGGUUCAUCAAGGCUUACAAGCAAGCCGAGCAGGAAAACGAGAUCCGGAAGAAGCAAGAGGCAAUGAUUGUUCAGAACUCUGAGGAUAAAAACUCACAGUCCAAAACGGAGCAGCCAGAUGGAAAGCCCCUUCCCACUAAGAGUAAGGUCCCUCACAUGGAUCUGAUGGCCGAGCUGAAGAAGAAGCAGCAGGGGAAAGAGAGAAUGGUGUACGAGGGCAAGGACGGAGCAAUUGAGGAUAUUAUCACAGAUCUACGCAACCAGCCAUACAGACGAGCAGACGCCUUGAGGAAAAGCGUUCGGAAGAGAAUGGACGAACAGAAUCUUCGUGUAACCGGAGAAGUCUCGUUAUAACCAGUUGUCUGAGCUGUCGGGGGGAGGGGGGUGUGUCAGGUAAAUAACUGGGUGAACAAACAGGCACCAGAUGGGAACUUGCAGCCAAAGCUCUGUACCAUGCAGUAACCCCAGUUUAGUAACAGACCCCUUUUGUAAACACAACAUGAUUCAAUCGCUUGACUUAGAUAAUUAACCAGUCAAAGUGGCUCUGGCAGCCCAAGGUCGGGGAGGAAGGAUAUAAGAUUCCAAACACAGCUGGAGUAAUAUAGGCUCAGAAUUCUUUAAAUGCACGGGAAACUGGAAGGGGAAGAUAUGACUGUCAUCCUUUGCCCUUGGUGAAGGGACCCCACCCACUCCCCCAACAACACAAUGCCCCACUGGGGUUCUCUUGUUUAAUGACUGAAAGCAGAACUGGAAUUGUUUCUUGGUUAGCUGGUGUAAUUUACAUACCUGCACUGCUUUAGCCACCUUGCUUUGCAUAUUCUGCAUUUAAGACUACUGGGGCAGAAAUUAAAACCUGCCUGGAAAUUAUCAGGAUUAUUUUCACUGAUACACGGACAAUCAAAAGGAGACUAAAAAUCGAAUUCAGGGUACAGGAUCAGCUGAACUCUGUGACGUUAAGAUAUGAACAUUUUCCAAUUUGCAGAGAUCACUCUAAUUCAAGGAAUUUAUUAAUAGAGAUGCAGUUGCCGAUGGGGUGAUUGAUCCCCAAUUAUUGAACGACACAGAACUGUGUUUGGCUGUGUUAAUUAUGAAUUAGCCAUAAAAAUAACUGUAAUCAUAUCAUCUUUUUUCAAAGUCGUCUAAUGACAUGAAUAAUGAGAGCAGAUAGGAUUGGAUUAUCUGUUAUGCAGUCUUGUGGGUUGACCAUGGGGUGCUUCACCCAGGUUUAGAAAUCUUAUGCUAUGUAGAAUUUGGGCUUUAAUAUGCCACUGAAAUUCAGGCUUCCGCAAGCCUAGCCCUCAUUUGGAAGGGUGAUUCAGCACUUGCCCAUCCCAAACGUGGAUCAGUGGCCCUUGGAUCUCAGUGCAAGAGUAGUUCUUUCACAUUUAGUUCCAGAUUGAAGCUAAAAAGAGGUUUUUAAGAUGGGGGCAUCAAGACUUUCCUGAAGGCCUUUUGCAUGAAGUCACCACCAAGGCACAGAACUGAGCCACACAGUUCUGUUCCUGGUCUGUGCUGAAACCAGAGCCCGAUUUUAAUUCCAUGCAAGUGAAGGGGUUUUGAGUGAGUUAAAAAUCUUACCCCCCUGAUUCUUGCUCUGGCUGAGAUCAGAGGUAGAGCAGAAAUCCAAAAUUACAAGUGGUUUCCACAGACCCUGGGCUAGGGGCAAGUAAAUUCAGCCUAUUCCCAGUUCUGAUUGAAAUUUUGGAGUCUAGGGGAGAAAAUUGGCUAAACUAACAUGAACUGUUACACAGAAUUGGAGUCAGCAGCCCUGAAUUCCAUGAGUUCCUUUGCAAUAAAGCCCUGGGGAUAGGACUAUUUGCAUUGUCUCCUGGGGUGCUCCAUCGGUCUUUUCCAAGAGUUAUGGUAGGAGAUCAAGGGAACCUGCUCUAAAUUUCAGGGUCUCCACAGUCAAAACUGUCAGAUUCCUGGUGCAUCUUCUUGGGUACUCAUUAAGAUACACAACCCACCACUUUACAACAAUGAUAAGCAUAUCAUUUUAAAAGUCACUCAGUUCCUGAUACCCAACACAAGCACCAACCAUUGGAAAAAAACUGUUUUUACAUUUCGUUAUUAUUGUACUUUUUUUUUACUUUUUACGAGGGAUUUAUCAGAAGUAGAUUGCACUUGGAAAUCUCAGUUGUGGCAUUAUUUCUUGCAGGAGUAAUUCCACUUGUUACAACCAUUACAGAUCAGUGUAAAUCCUUUUCUAGUUGUACAUGAGGUUGUAAAUCUUUCUUCUAAAUUAUCAUUAAAUAUUCAAUUCAGUCUCAUUCACAUCCACACAUCCUGAUUCAAUGUAACUAAAGGAGGAUCAACAAAGGGAUUAGAAGCGUAACUGUGCAUUUGAUUUGCCUUCAUACUGCCAGGCUGUGUGAGCUUCAGACCAAAAGGGAACGUGUUUCUGCCCAGUAUACGUGGCACUGAGACACACUGAGUGUACUCAAAGCAAUGGGAACUGGAUCGUGCGGCUAAGUUGGUAUCCCUGCAAUCCAAAUGACUGUUCUGAGCUGGAUCAGAUGAAGGGGUGUUAGAUUUUGUCCAAUAAUAUUCCUGUGAAAAGCCUUGGGAGAUUUUGCUGUGUUAAGAAUGCUCUAUAAAUGCAAGUUGGUGUUUUCAAGUGAAUCAAACUGCAACUCUUCGUAGAGUGUAGCCAAAAAGGAAAUGAUAUGACUGGAGUUGAUUAAACCAAAGUGGAGAGAUUGCACCUUUGGAGACUGACUAUUGGUAAUUGAUGCAUAUCCAGACUGUUCUAUUAAGCCCCUGCAUAUCCGUAUGCAAUAGUUGUAUCAUGGAUUCAACAGCAAAGCUAGAAAUAGUAUGAAUUCAUUCUGACAGGUUUCCAGUGGUGUUAAACUAAGUCUGUACCUGUGGCCUUCCUUUUGUUAAUGUACGUGGGUGCAACAUGUAGCCUGCUACCUACCCAUCUGGUUUGAGCACUGCCCUGUAAAUGUUUUUACAAACACCAGUGAGGUAGGACUGAGGGAGGAUCUGGCACAAGAAAACUGAGCUGAGUUUAAAAUGGAGAGAGUGAAUUGAACCUAAGGGUAUGGAAAGAAUGAGGAGGCUGAGGUAGAGUAAGUAAAAAUGAUUUCGUUGAUAUAGACUAGAUGGUGUGUGAUUAAAGUAUUUGUGUAGGACAUCUUGGCUAUUGGCAUCUGGCCUCUCUAAGUGGAAGUACAGGUUGCAGAGUCAACCCAAUGGUAUUACAACCUAAUCACUGACUGGUACUUGCUCUAGUGAGGGUCCAAGUCAGGAGCAGAACGUCACCAAAUCACCUCUCUAGUUUGAGAAGAAAGUCCAUGCAAAUAAAAAGAUAAUGGAAACAAAAAAGCUGCUGCAUGUCACACAGAAGAGAGUGGGAGGGUUGGAGCUUUGUUGAGGAGUAGGAGGGACCUAAGCUGAAUGAGCUGUAGCUGAGUUGAAUUGAAGGUGUUAUGCAACAAAAUAUUGAUGUUGGUGAUUAUGUUGACAUUGGAUGGUCACCCUACACAAGAUGCCUGUUGUUUGGUAAAGAAAGAACAGUCAAGUCAUUGCUGUAUUUAACAUGAACUGCCAUGAAACUUCUGAACCACAUAUAGGCCCACAGUUUUAAUUUAGGGAAAAGAUCAGUUUGCAUUGGUGGUAUGGCUUAUUAGCAGGAUCCAUUUUUCUCUGUGGCAGGACUUGAAUUAGUGGUGUGGCUUAUAUGUAAGGCAAAUCUAUAUACAAGUCAAUGUGAUAUUUUAUAACUCACUUUGUAAAUAUUUUGUGUCAUAGGAAGUCAAUUACGGUAUUCUGAAGACAGAAAGAUGUCUCUGCCAUAGUCCAUGAGAUCUGGUACAAAAGCAAAAUACUGUUGAUGCUGGAAAUUUGAAAUAAAAACAGAAAAUGCUAGAAACACUCCAGGUCAGGCAGCAUCUGGAGAGAGAAGCAGAGUCAAUAUUUCAGGUCUGUGAUCUUUCAACCGAACUAAGAGGCAAGGUCACAGACCUGAGACGUUAAUUCUGUUUCUCUCUGCAAAGAUGCUGACUGGCUUGCAGGGUAUUUCCAGCAUUUUCUGUUUGUAUUCCAUGAGACCUGGUGGUUAGUUGAUCCUGACAGCUCUGAGCAGGCACUGCUUUGCUGCCCAUCAGUCCUAUUGCCCUGAGUAACUGGCAUAACUAGAUUGGGCCUACGUUGGUCUUAGCCAUGUUUGAGCACAGAACUUCUACGCCACUGUUUUUUUUUUGUUGCAUCUUUUCAUAUUCAGAGAAAAUUCCCCAUGUGCCGAACCCUAAUCAAGACCCAAAGUGUAAACUUAACUGAAAAGAAGCGUGUACAAAUAGACUGUAAAAGAAAUGCCUACGUAUAUUUCAAAGAUUAUAAAAGAACGUGAAUGGAUAAUUUUUUUAUGCACUAAUAAUAAAUGGCUGUAUUUCAAGGAAA